AUGAGGCAUGUCCCUAAGAAAUUAACGGACUGUCCGGAAAAUCUCCGUGAGUCCAUCGACUGGUUGAUCCAGGUUAGGUAUGGGAAUGGUGACAGUGAUGGUCUUGAUGAGUUGGCAAAAGCUUUGAAAAAGUUGAUUGAGGAGGCUAUUGAGAAGGCUACUAAGUCCCUCCAAGCCGAAAAAGAUAAACUUGAAUGCCCUGUUAAGUAUACUGGACAUCCCUCUAACUGUGCCUAUAUUGAUACGCUGAUUGAGAAGGCUGGAAAAUCUAAAAAUCCAAAUGGUCUUAAUAAAGAACAACUUGUAAAAAACAAACAACACUGCCAGAAUAACCAUGAAUACUAUCGUUCCGAUGCCCAGAAAAAAGCCUUGCAGGACAUUAAAGAGCGUGAGACUCAACUCAAAGAUCUUACUAAUAAGCUUAGCAUAUUUACUGACAAAAAUCAUCAAAAAUGUACUGACUUACUUACAAACCUCUGCACCGGCCUCGAAACCUUCCUCGGCUUCAACUCUGAGACCAAAGGCUACACUGGCCAUGGCAUUGUGUACUCCGACCUGGAUAGGCUGUGUGACGGGGUGAUGGGAUUUUUCCACGGGGUGUUGGAGAGUGUUGAAAAAGAUCCAAGCGUUACAACUUACUAUACUGGCAUGAAUGAUACACUUAAAACAAUUAAAGAAAGUAUGCACAAUCCUGGCGGAUUGUCUGCAGCCGUUACGGCUGUGAGCGAGCCGCUGGGGGAGUGCGACAGGGAGGUGACUGAGAAAACACAACGCACUUAA